AGACCCGCCUCAGUCCUUUAUAACCACGUGCGCGCCGUUAAAAGGACGCAGGACCUGGAUCUGGUUCUUGCUCCGGGUUAUUAAAAGUCUCUCCGGUCAGCCGGCGCGCGCCGCUGCGGGCUCCUGCUCCUCGGUGUUAAUGGACUCGAACCCGCAGCAAAGUCGCGCGCAGAGAGCUGGAACUUUCUUUCUCCGGUCUGUCCCGUCUCCUCGUGCCAUGACCUCUGACACCAGAACCGGAUUUUCUGUGCGGGAUAUCCUGGAUCUCCCAGACCGGACCGGUGGACGCAGGACCGAGUCCGCGGAGGCCGAAAUCUCCCGGGAGGCCUCGGUGACGGUUCCAGGUUCCGGUGGUCUAUGUGAGUUCGGCGCGAGCGGCAGGUGGAGCCGCGCAUCCGGUAACCUGCAGGUUUCACUGCACGGCCGGCCCUCAGUGUCCCGAACCGACCUGAAAUCCCCCGAACUGUCCAUCGAUGCCCCCCCGGACGCAGAGCGGGACGCGCCACGCGGCGAGGCGCGCAGGGGUUGCGGCAGGAAGCGACGCGUCCUCUUCUCCAAGGCGCAGACCUUCGAGCUGGAGCGCCGCUUCCGCCAGCAGCGCUACCUGUCGGUCUCGGAGAGGGAGCACCUGGCCGGGCUGAUCCGCCUCACCCCGAACCAGGUGAAGAUCUGGUUCCAGAACCACCGCUACAAGCUGAAGCGGGCCCGUGCCGACCGCAGCCACGAGGCGCUGCAGCUACUACCGGCCCUCCGCGCCUCCAUCUCGCUCCAGGACGGGAAACCCUGUGACCAGAUCGCAGCGCAGGUGACGCUCAGGUCCGGGAUCAGCCUCCCUCUGUGCGCCUACUCCCCUCUGCUGCACGCUGCAUACGGGCCGGAGCACGCGGUACUGCCGCAGCACCCAGGAGCGCAGCAGCUGGCGCACAUGUACCACUGGACCUGGUGAGGCCCGGGACAGAGACUGAGACCGAGACUGACGAGGAAAUCAGGAGUUAAUCCUGAACCGACACCGUGACGCGUCGAGCUUUAAUUUCGAUCCCACAAGAAAGAAGAAAUGUUUGUUUUCACACUGAAACCGGGUCCAGGACAAAGACUGGGGUUGGCUUGAAACUGUGAAUUGAUGUAGGUGAAGAAACGUCCUUUUUCUCUGUGGAUUUAUCACGCUGACUUGGCUUGUUUAGAGAAAUAAAAGGUUUGAUCUCAACCUGCAGAUUAUUGAGAACUGAAAACAUUUUUGUUUCUUUUUGCUUCAAGUUCACAGAUUUUUUCCCUCAUCUACAGAAAUUCAUUUAAACCAAAAACUGAAUUUUCAGAUUCAUUUACAGGAAGAGAUGAAAAAACAAACAUUUUUAAAGGUUCCCUGCUGAAAACUAAAAUUGAAAAAAAAAUC